AUGGGCACGGAUAGUGACUGGAAGUCUUGGUUUAAUGGAGCUAAUGGUGUUGUCUUCGGAUUGAUAAUAGCUAAUGCUGCUGUAUUUGCUAUGUGGAAUGUUUACGACAAGCUAUGGAUGGUCAAAAAUUUUGUGCUAUCAUUGAAAACCUUGAUGACUGGACGUAUACACACGCUGAUAACUUCGGGUUUUAGUAAUGUUGACACCAGUCAACUCAUCGUUAACAUGUUUGGAGUCUACUACUUUGGGUCCAGCAUCGCAAGAACAUUGGGACCGGUUUACCUUUUGAAGCUGUACUUUGCUGGAACACUUGCUGGCUCUCUUCUCUUCGUAAGUGUGCAUGGUGUAAUGGCAAUACUCAAGAGCGAAGGAGUAGGAGUUUCCGACGAGGAUAAAUCAACACUCAUUGCACUGCUGGGUCCAGAGGGAUCUGUCUAUGCCAUUGCACUGCUGGAUAUGUGCCUCUACCCCAAAGUUACUACAUACUUUGCGUUUAUUCUCCGAGUACCCGUAAUGCUUGGAGUCUUAGGCCUAGGACAAGACUUGUUAAAGGUGCUAAAGGGGGAGAAGAAGAGUAUCACCAUUGCUUCGAUGCACACGGGAGGAGGAGCUUUGGUUGCAGCUAUGGCAUGGAGGCAGAUUAGGAAAUGUCGAUUCUACUAUUGACUGGUUUCAUUACUGGUCUAGGAAUCGUUGGAUUUGCUGCAAAAGACUCAAUUGAUAUGAUCAUGACAGUGGUUAUGUUUAAUUUUGUGAGUCACAAUGAGAUUAUUAUUGGUUUUUUUGGACAAUGAAAAUAAUAAUUAGGGUAGUUUGUGUUUUGUCUUUUACAUU